AUAUGUUCCCAAAUUACUGUUUAGAUUCAUCUAAGUCAUGUCGUAAACCGAUGACGCAGUAGACAAGGAGUGCCCGAAAAAAAUGAUGGCAUUACGUGCAGCAUUUUCACAAGUAAGAGAGUCGAACGGCCUUCUAUAUACUCUCGCACACCGAGGGUUCACCGCAGCGGCAAGGAAAGGAGCUGAUGUACCGGAUGUGACAGCCGCGUUCGAGCGAGCCAUUACUCCUGAUGUUGCACAACACCUAAGUGAUCAUGGAUAUGCAGUGGUCGACGGUAUCUUUGGAAAAGAUGUGGCUCGCCAGCUGCGAGCUGAGGUGGUCGAAUUGUACGAGCGUGGCCUCAUGCGCAAAAACUGCACACAUCUGGUGAAGGACAACGCCACAUCGCUGGUGGAGAAGUCGCAUGUGCACGAGGCGGAGCUGACGCUGGAUGCCAACAUCCAGUCCGCCGCGCCCCUCUGCUCCUCCCUCAACUCCGACCGCACCAUGGCCACACUGCUCUCCCUCUUCAUGCCGCAAGUCACACUAGACUCGCAGGCCAUCAAGCUGCAGUACAAUGCGGGCGGCGGCGGCUGCUUCCCCGUCCACCUGGACAGCGACGAGCAGCUGGACGGGCGGCGGGUGACAGCCAUCUUCUACCUCAACCCCGACUGGCACGAGGGGCAGGGCGGGCAGCUGCGGCUCUACCCCUUCCCCUCCGGCCCGCCUCUGGACCUGCCGCCCCUGGAGGACCGGCUGGUGCUCUUCUCCUCCUGCCGCAUGCCGCACCGCGUGAUGCCGGCGACUGCACCGCGCUGCUGCUUCACCAUCUGGAUGUCGCAGAGCCGCAGGCGCUCCUUCGUGCGUUCCGCCCCCUCGCUGGCCUCCCUGGAGCCCGCUGCCCCGCCCGAGCAGGACCCCGCGGCCGCCGUACGCUUCCUGAUGCACCCCGCCGUGAAGCAACACGUGUGCAAGCUGGUGUACGGGGAGGAGUGGGCUCAGUCGCUGCAGGAGAGCCACGCGGAGUCGGCGGUGCGGGAGGCCAUGUUGCAGCAGCACUGGCGGGAGGUUGAUGUGAUUCGUCGCAGUCUGGGGAAGUACCUGCCUACCAUUGAGCGGCUGAGGCAGGGGGAGCUGCGAACGAGAGUGGAGUGGUUCUGAGAGAAGGGGAAGGGUUACAAAGGAGUGCGUGCGAGGGGGAGAGAGUGCGUGUGUUUGAUGAUGAGAAUGUGGGUGCGGGGUCGCCCUGGGGGCUCUUGGGUGGGCUGGGGUCAUGAAAGGAGUACCGGUAUGCGAGGAGUAGGAUACGUUGAGAGGGCGUUUGGGAGGGCGGGGAAGGGGAGAGGAGGGAUGAGAGUGAUGUUUUUAUGACUCCGUAUGAUGGGAGCUUUGACUGCCGGCCUGCUGUUGCGCUGUCGCGGCUGAGGCGCGCCUGAACAGCUGCCGGGCGGUUUGUCGUGCAACCAGCGUGGGUGUUACGGUGUACUUGGACUAGCAAGCUGCAAGGAUUGCUAGCAUGGUCUGUUUUGCGUGCUUCAUGAUUCCUACAGUUUGCCGUACAACAGCAUGCUUGCUAAGGGUAUGGUUGGGGAGAGAGUCACCCAAGCGUAGCAGGUGCCGCAGCUUGGUCAUGGCCAGCCGUUGGGUAGUUGAGGUGUGGAGCCUGGGGCGUACUCGGGCCCGUACUCGGACCGUGCUGCUUUGCAUGGAAAGGACAGCGAGUGCAUAUGAAGGACAGCGGAUUUAGUUCAAGGCUUUUUACCUCGCGGGCAGGAGUUCCGUGACGACCGUGAGCUGGGAUUCGGCUUAAUGACAGCGUUACAAAUUCGUACGGCAGGAACUUACUCACGGCUUAUCCCACGGUCGAAGCGCCCUGGCAAAACUUAGCACCGAAUAGCUUCAAUACAGAAAUAUAGAGUCGCCGCAUGCCAGUGGAAGGAGAACAUCUACGGUUGCGUUCCGACGUGACCGACCUCAAAGCCUCUGUGAACCUACGUACUCGAUUUUGCCAGUUCUCCACUUAUCACAGGAUGACUAGAUCAGCUGCUCGCGUCCUUAGGGCAGCGGGAGCGCUCGGCGCCGUGCAACGAGCCGGGAUGGGCAGCGAGGUUGCCGCUUUGUCAGUACCACAAUAUGCUGCUAUCCACUAUGCCGCUGCAGCACCCAACUCCGCGGCUGCCCGUCGUAGCGGUGUCGCAUCAACUUCGGGCAUGGGAAUGGACUUGACUACCCGCCGGAUAACGCCCUGGCAAGCCUCAGCAGGCCAGACUCGGGGCAUGUUUAUCCAAACACAGCCUACGCCCAACCCAAACAGUCUCAUGUUUGUGCCCGGCAGGAAGGUGAUGGAGUCCGGCACCUGUGAAUUCUCCUCCGCACGCGAGGGCAUGCGCUCCCCGCUGGCCAAGAAGCUCUUCGCGGUGGACGGAGUGACCGCCGUCUUCUUCGGCUCCGACUUCAUCACCGUCAGCAAGCGGUCGGAGCUGGGCUGGCCGGUGCUCAAGCCCGACAUCUUCGCCGCCAUCAUGGACCACUUCAGCAGCGGCGAGCCGCUCAUCUCGGAUGCGGAGGCGCUGGCGGCGACCGACACCGCCAUCCACCCGGAUGACAGCGAGGUUGUUGCCAUGAUCAAGGAGCUGCUGGAGACGCGCAUCCGGCCCGCUGUGCAGGACGACGGGGGCGACAUCGUGUUCAAGGGCUUCGACGAGGACAGCGGCAUCGUGACGGUCAAACUGGUGGGCGCAUGCAGCACAUGCCCCUCCUCCACCGUAACUCUCAAGCACGGCAUUGAAAACAUGCUUAUGCACUACAUCCCGGAGGUCAAGGGAGUCGUGGAGGCCCCACCGGACGAGUCGGAAGAGGAGGGGCUUAAGGAAUUUGCAAAACUGGAGAAGAGGCUUGGGGAAGAGAGCGGCUAGAGGUGUGCAGAUGGGUGUCCGCUCUCCGGCUCCCGACGAGGAGGGCGGCGAGGAGGCUGCGGAGCCCGCCAAGGAGGCCCACCCCAUGGCUGCACACCUG